AUGUCUUCCAUGCACCUGUCCCAGCUGCGCAAAUGGAUGCUCGCAUCACCUCCUGUUGAAUGGGGAAUACAUCGAUUGCGGGAACUCCUUAUUGGGGCCUUGAGACAAGGCCCCAUACCACAACAUGUAGCAUUUGUGAUGGAUGGGAAUAGGAGGUUCGCCCGCAGUCACAAGAUAGAAACCGUUGAAGGCCAUAAUCUAGGAUUUGAGGCAUUGGCUAGGAUUCUAGAAGUAUGCUACAAAUCGGGAGUCAAGGUAGUUACUGUCUAUGCCUUCAGCAUCGAGAACUUCAAGCGCUCUAAGUAUGAGGUGGAUGCGUUGAUGGAGAUGGCAAAAAUCAAGCUGUCGCAAUUGUCACAACACGGAGAGUUACUCGACAGAUAUGGCGCUAGUGUUCGGGUGCUAGGCCAGCGGGAUCUGGUCAAACCUGAUGUCUUGAAGGCUAUCGACAAAGCGGUGGAGCUGACGAGAAACAAUGGAGACUGCAUCCUCAACAUUUGCUUCCCAUACACGUCCAGAGAUGAGAUAACCAUGGCAAUCGCAGGCACCGUGGAAGAUUAUUCAAAGCCGAUAUCCACACAAGCGCGACCCUUCUCUCAAACAAGAAUAACACAAAAGAUACAGUCAAGGAAUCUCAGUACGUCGCCACUACGCUCCAACUCCCCAACGCCGUCCAGCACUUCAGACGUAGACGAUUCGGUAUCAUCGACUACCACCUUGCAUGCAGAGUCGCCAAUGGGUGGCCAGGAAGGGGCCAUUUACCCCGACCCCGAGACGAUCACCGCAGAUACCAUCGAGCAGCAUCUCUUAACUGCUGGCGACCCACCUUUAGACCUUCUAAUACGAACGAGUGGGGUUAAGCGGCUGAGCGAUUUUCUGCUCUGGCAAUGCCACGAGAACACCGAGGUUGUGUUUUUGGACUGUCUCUGGCCCGAAUUUGACCUUUGGCAGUUCCUGCCUGUACUUGUUGAGUGGCAGUGGAGACAGAAACAUAUUGAAGAGAAAGGGCUCGGCAGCGGGUUGAAGAAGCCGAAGACUAAGAUUAGGUAG